CAGUGUCACCGGGGCGACCAGGAGGCCUGCCCUGCUCUGGGGACAGAGCGGCUGGUGCUGCCCCACUGACCGCACCCAGCUGACAACUGUGCCCUGUGACCCCUGCUCGGGGUCGGGCAGCGGGCGCCAUGGCGCAGAUGGACGCACUGGUGAACCAGCCGCUGGUGCGGCAGUCAGUGCCGCCAUGCGAGCUGCCCCCCAAGGUGUACGAGGUGGCCCGCAACACGGGCGCCCACUCGUCCUCGGGCCUGGCCACGGCCGGCUUCCGCACGGCCAAGUACCUGGAGGACGAGUGGUACCAGAACUGCUACGCACGCUACCACCAGGCCUUCGCCGACCGCGACGGCUCGGAGCGGCAGCGGCAUGAGAGCCAGCAGCUGGCGGCCGAGACGGAGGAGCUGGCGCAGCGCACGCAGCAGGACUCCACGCGCAAGGUGGGCGCGCGGCUGGAGGACAUGCACUGCUGGAUGUCGGAGCUGCAGCGCGAGGGCGAGGAGCUGUCCGCCGCCACCGACCAGCUGCGCGCCGACAAGCAGCGUCUGGAGCGCGCCCUGGACUCCAGCUCCGUGCCCUUCGCCAUCGCCACCGACAACCUGCAGUGCCGGGAGCGCCGCCAGCACCCCGACCUCGUGCGCGACUGCGUGGAGAUAGAGCUGCUGAAGGAGGUGGAGCUCAUCCGGAACAUCCAGGAGCUGCUGAAGAGAACCAUCGGGCAGGCCGUGCACCAGAUCCGGCUGAACCGGGAGCAGAAGGAGACGUGCGAGCUGAACUGGUCGGACAAGGUGGAGGCCUACAACAUCGACGAGCGCUGCGCGCGCUACCGCAGCCAGAGCACCGAGGUGCAGUUCCACCCGCACUCGGUGGCGCACACGGAGAGCGCCUCCACGACGGAGUCGUGGGCAAGGUUCACCCAGGACACCCUGUGCCGCGCCCAGCGAGAGCGCCUGGCCUCCACCAACCUGCACGCGCUCAUCGACUGCCUCCUAAAGGACACGGCGGAGGACCUGCGGCUGCAGUGCGACGCCGUCAGCGUGGCCUUCUCGCGCCACUGCGAUGACCUCGAGGACGCGCGCAACAAGCUGCAGCACCACCUGCACAAGACCCUGCGGGAGAUAACGGACCAGGAGCACAACAUCGGGGCGCUGAAGAAGGCCAUCAAGGACAAGGAGGCGCCCCUGCGCGUGGCCCAGACGCGGCUGUACCAGCGCUCGAAGCGGCCCAACGUGGAGCUGUGCCUAGACACGGCCCAGUUCAGGCUGGUGAGCGAGGUGGAGGAGCUGAACAUGUCCCUCGCCGCGCUGAAGGAGAAGCUUCUGGAAGCCGAGCAGUCUCUGCGCAACCUGGAAGACACGCGCAUGAGCCUGGAGAAGGACAUCGCGGUCAAGGCCAACAGCCUCUUCAUCGACCGCCAGAAGUGCAUGACUCACCGCCUCCGCUACCCCUCCGUCCUCCGGCUGGCCGGCUACCAGUGACCAGCCCUGCGCCGCCCCACCCCCGAAUAAAGAGCACGUUAGCUUUCCUA